AUGGUCCCUACUGCCGUCGGGUUCAAGGCCGUGAAGAAGGAUGAAGAAUGGCAACGUGUAACGCAAGCGAUUUGCCGUGGCGAUCGAGCCACGCUAAUCACGUGGACUCACGACGGCAAGGAGGACGAAUCACAGAAGGCGGAGCUUUGUCCGACAGGCACUGUUCCAGUGCAAGGAAGGGGCUACAUGUCCUUCGCGUGCGAUGGCCAUGUCAUCAAAGAGAGGCGCUACCAUUGCUGCAACGUGAACGGCCAACUGCAUUGCUCUCCGAGUCUGGUGGAUGCCACAUCCAUGGACCCACCAUGUGAAGCACCUCCAGCACAGGCGACUGCCACCAGAAUGAUGUGGCUGCAGUCAAGGAGAGCAAUCUCGCCUUUCUUCUGCCUCUACUUGGCCAUCGGAGAAAACGGCGAGCGAAAGCUCAAGAAUUUCUGUGAGCUGAGCCUACCCAGCUUCUCCGCAGUGGCUGUCGCCUUGACAAAAACCUCCCUUUCGACAGACGGCAAGGUACUUGACCUUGCCAGCGCCAAGCAGCAGAUCGAGUCAGCGGCGACGGGGCUCGAUAUUCAGUGGAUCGAAGCUGACGCUGACGGACGCGGGGUUAUCUCAAAUUUUGAGCUGCCCCUUGUGGAAUUUGCGGAAUCCGCACGAGAGCUCUUCGUUCAUGGUGGCGAGCUUUAA